AUGAAUCAAUCAACUGUCACUCUUCUUGACUUACCUAUUGAAAUAUUACAUAUUAUCUUAAAGAAACUUGAUAAUAUGGAUGUUCUCUAUUCAUUGCUGGGUAUUGAUAAUCAACGACUUGACACCAUAGUAUUAGACAAAACGUUUACAAAGUCUCUCAAUUUUGUAUUAAGAACGACAACUGAUGAUCUUAUGCCAAUUAUUGGCUCAAUGCUUGAUCGAUUCUGCAUAGAUAUAUUGCCAAAAAUUGAUUACAAUGUUAAAUCUCUUACUCUUCAUUCGGAAUCCAUGGAACGUAUUCUUGCUGCCGAUUUUCCUAAUCUAAGUGAACUUAGACUGUACAAUGUUAAUAACAACACUAUUUCACGCUAUUUUACAAAUGAAUCUCCAUUUCGACGUAUUAUUCAAGAGCAAAUUACAGAUCUUAUUUUUCUGUACAAAUACGAUAAUCGCAUUUUACUGAAGUGGGAAUACUCAAAUGAUGUGUCUGAUAUUGGAUUUAUUAAACUUUUAUCUCUUCGUAAUUUACCUUUGACUGCCUAUUCUUCUUCAACAAUUUGCAAAUUAUGUGUUCAUGUGAAUCGUUUUGAAGAUUGUCUUGCUUUACUUGAUGGUCGUCUCAAACAAUUAACUACGUUCAUUGUUACUAUUGAGAAUCACGAUUAUCGUACAUCAAUUAAUUACAAGAAGGAUAGUUUGCCGAAUUUGAAAUACUUUUCUUUGAAGUGCCAUUGCACGACUAAAAAAUAUGACACUCAAAUUGUACCUCUUAUUCGUCGUAUAUCAAAUCUUAAAGAAUUAACUUUGAAUAUUCAAAUCGAGCAUCGAACUAGAUUUGUCGAUGGUACUCAAAUUAAUAAUGAAAUUCUCGUUCAUCUACCACAACUGUAUAAAUUUACCUUUCAUAUUAGUACCAAUGUUACACGGCAACACUUAGUUCAAUUAUCGAACGAUGAUAUUCAGCAAACUUUUACUAACAUAGGAUAUGAACAAGUAUGCUGUUAUCUAACUUAUAGCUUUGAUAAUGCAACAUGUCGUAUUUUUUCGCUACCGUUCGCGUUUGAUGAUCUCCAACAUAUUGGCAAUAUAUUUCCACCUAUUGUUUUUACUCAUGUUAUACACUUGGGAGUGUACGAUUUAGUUCCAUUCGAACAUGAAUUUUUUCUCCGUAUUGCUCAUUGUUUUCCUCUACUGAAAGAGUUGGUUGUUAUGAAUUUCGAAUCUCAGUCACACAUAUCAAAUAAUCUAAACUCAAACGAUAAUCAGAUGCAUUCUAUUGCUGAAUAUCAUCAUCUUACUUCGCUUUCUGUUCGAUAUUGUCAUAUUGAUUAUGUCGAGCAGUUUCUCAAUGAAACAAAAACACAUCUACCUCGUCUUACCGAAUUGAUAGUCGAUUACAAUCAAUUAACAAUCGUGACAGAAAACUUUACAAGAAAUACAACACGGCUCAAUUGUGCUAAAGUGAAACAAUUAAUUAUUAUAAAAGCAUUAGCGCAUUCAAAAGAUCUUUAUGAUUAUUUUCCUGUGUUGUCAUCUUGUUUUUGUUCUGAAUAG